UAAUUAACUUUUGCCUUGUGAUUAAAAAAUUUCGACGUAUUCUACAAUGGGUGGCUUAUGUUCAUCAUGUUUUGGCAGCUCCUCCGAGGAGUCCAAUUUAAUGCCAUCGCCAGAAACCAGGCGAAAGCAACAAUUGGAAGCAGCGGAAAGACGUCGUAUGGAAAAUGAAACAAGAGGAAUAAAAGAUCCGGAACGGGUCAAGCGACAACAAAUGCGUAGCGAGGAAAUGCAGAGACGUGAGGAAGAAGCAGCACGUGCCGGUGGUGGACAACCUGCAUUGAGGUGGCAGCAGGAUUAA